AUGUCUAAAAAUUAUUACGAACAAAGUAAAAUUACCUCAUUUAUUACUACAACACAAAAUUCUAAGCAAUCUAAACUACCAUAUAAUAAUGAUGAUUCACUUAGUGAAAGUUUUGAUUUUGAUAAUUUUGAAAACAGUACUACUAUAAGUGAAGAUUCGAAUAAUGAACAAGACUUAAAUAAUGAUAUUGAAUUAAAAAAAUCCAAAUAUACCCGUUUUGAUAAAAAAAAUUUAAAGUGGAAUCCAAAUUGGAAAAAAACCUACCCAUGGGUUGAUUUAAUAAUAAAACAAGAUAGCAAAUAUAUGGUUUGUACAUGGUGCAUUGAUGCAAAAUGUGAUAAUAUUUUUGUAACAGGUACUCAAUACUUUAAAGAGCAAUAUCUUCAACGACAUAUAGAACGGUCUGAUCAUAAAAAGGUUGUAUAUGCACGUAGCAAAAAUCAAAUUAAUAUUUUAUCUAGUAUACAUCAAUGUACUGAGUUUGAACAACUGCAAACAAUGAGAAAAAUGAUGAAUAUUUAUUUUCUUGUAAAGCAUAAUAUUGCUACACUUAAUUUUGAAGACUUGUGCCAUCUUGUUGAGUUGCAAAUUCAAAAUACUGAAAAUAGUAUAAUUCCUGGUGGUGCAAAUCUUUUAAGUUUACCUGAAUUAAUAACCACAGUACAAUCUACACGUAGUGAAUAUGGAUCAUAUAUUAAUGAUCAUGCUGGAAGACAAUUUAUUGCAGCAAUUGCACAUGUUAUUGAAGAAGCUAUAUUUAAUGAAUUACGAGCAUCUAAAGCAUGGAGUCUUAUGAUCGAUGAAAGCAAUACAAUUUCUAAUGAAAAAAAUCUUGCUAUUGUUUCACGACAUAUAUUACAUAAUUUACCAGUUUUUCGCUAUUUAGGAAUUGUUAAACUUCAAAAUGCUUCAUCAAAUGCAAUUUUUAAUGAGUUGGAUCGAUUUAUUCUUGCUAAACACUUACCAUUAGAAACACUUUAUCAUUUUGGAAGUGAUGGUGCAAGUGUUAAUUUAGGACAUGUAAAUGGAAUAGCAACAAAGUUAAAAAAUCGGCAUCCAUUUCUUACUGAGCAUCAUUGCAUAAGUCAUCGUUUAGCACUUGCUUCUAAAGAUGCUGCUGAGCAAACUCCAUAUUUUGAAUCCUAUGAUGAAACUGUUCGACAACUAUAUAGCUAUUUUAGCAGAUCAUACUCACGAUUACAAGCUUUGAGAAUGAUGCAAAAUACUUUAAAUGAACCUAAUUUAGAUAUUUUGCAAGUUAUUAAAACACGAUGGCUUUCAUUAAGUAAUGUUGUUAAUAAUCUUUAUCAAAUUAUUAAUUCUGUAAUUAGUGCAUUAUUAGAAGAUGCGUCUAAAGGCCAGAAAACUGCACAACAGCUUUAUAAUAGUAUUGAUGAUGAUUUUCUAGUUGCAACACACUUUUUAGCUGAUAUACUUUCACAACUUCGUCGACUUUCUUUAAUUUUUCAGGCUAAUUAUGUAUCUGUUUCAGAGGUUACUAUGCAAGUAAAUGCAAUAAUUGAGUCUAUUACAACUGAUUUUAUUGGUACUACAAAUGUGCAACCUACCUUUGGAACUAUUCUAUUGCAAUUUAUGAAUCAAAAUGAUAUUUUACCUAAUGAUAUUCUCUCAUUUAUAUACGAAUUCGCUGAAAAUACAGUAACAAAUAUUAAACUUCGUUUUCCAGACUUUUAUGGAAAUCACGAAAUUAAUAAAAUUGGAAAUUUUUAUAGAAUUUCUAAAAAGAUCGCAGGUCAUGAACAUUACAAAGUUAUUGAUGCAGAUAAUUUUGCACAAGAAUGGAGAGUUAUUCGUUCACUUCUUUCUAAUUACCGUAGUUUACAUAUUACUACUGCAUGGCAUAAUAUACUACGAGAUAGUCAGGAUUUUUCUUUAAUUUAUCCCAAUAUUUAUACUAUUAUUUCAAUUAUCUUGUGCCUACCUCUUUCUAAUGCUUAUGUUGAGCGUGUUUUUUCUAAGCAAAACCUUAUCAAAACCAAACUUAGAAAUAGAAUGAAUUCAGAUACUCUAAAUGAUAUUCUUAUGAUUUCUUUAAACGGUCCUCCUUAUGAUGAAUUUAAUUAUAAACAUGCAUAUCAAUUUUGGCGAA